ACUUUCACCCCUCCCUCCCUCCCACCCUCUUGAGUGGGUCGGUGUCAACUGGCAGUGCACAACGGGCUCCUCUUAUGGCUGGCUCUUGGACAAUCCUCUUGAUCGAUACUUCAUUCCAUCUGGAGUGAAAUCUUUCGUCUUUCCCACCUCUUUUAAUUCAUAUUUACUGUUUUCCUCAUACAAUUUCUCAAAGCUAUAAUUGAAUUUCUCGCGAUCUUGUCAUUGAGGGAUUCUGAGACCACACUUGUGUAUUCUCGCCUUUUCACUUGUGCUAGUUUUAGAUAAUUGUGAAUCUGAUAAAGGUAUUUUUGUGAGUUCAUCUCUGUGUACAUAUUUUACCUGACUGUUGUGGGUCCAUCUGUUGUCACCAUUUACAGACACUGGUCAGUAACAUCCCUCCUCCAGGUGAGUGCCGUGUGCUGGAGUAAGUGUUUGGUUGUGUUUUAGUCUGGUGUGAAAGUUGGUUGUUUCUUCAUCCCUUUGGAAAUUUUCUUGUGAAACCUUCCGGCUGCAGGUGUGCUGUAGCUGCUCGUUGUUUCACUACAAUAGCUCGGCGUUGACGCGUCGCUCUCGUAUUGUUCCUACUUUCUUUGGCUCUUCACGCGUCCUCUACUGGACAUCUGAGGCGUCUCGUUGGGUUCUCACUCCACUAUAUUCUGUUACCUUUAUCAGCUGUUUGGUAUUUUACAUCCCAACGAAUACCUUGUCAUCUGUUUUUGUCUUGGGACGUCUUUUGGACUUCAAUGCCUCGGACUCCUCGUCUCUUGUCCCCAGUUCUCCUACGUCGACAGGACGACUAGGAACCCAACAAUGUCCCUUACAGUAGCUCUGUCCUCAUUCUCGUGUUCUCUUACUUGACCUCACCUCUUGACUUGUUUUGUCACCACAGUUCCUCACUCACUGCGCCACUCAUCAUAAUUCAACCAUUUACUGCUCCUCUUCAUUAAUAUUCUCCACUUUUAACUGUAUCCACUUGUGCUGCCUCACCCCCAGUGCCUCCCCCUGUGCCCGUGAGGCCUUCCACUCUCACAACACCUUCGUUGCCUUGUGUUACUCCACUACCACAGCGUCCAUAGUGCAUCUUGUAAGGUUUCCACUCCUACCGAACCUGCCACUUGCACAGAACUCUCCACUGCCAAGUGUCCUCGUGUGCCACACCAUCGUUCUACUUUAGUGCCUCCUAUAAGACCUUCCACUCCUACAAGAUCCUCAUCUUCCAAGUGCCUCCCUAUCAAAAGUGUCCUCUCAUAUAGUAGUGGAUCUGUCAAUACUGGUGGCGCGGACGUCGCUACAUCAGCAAGGUGUUUACCCUAAGAGCCUCGGAGACUGCCUCGUGCAGCACCACAGCCGCCAACAUUACUUCCUACAACAUCAUCCCACCCACCAUGCGCGCUGCAGCGUGGGUGAGUCAGAUCCCUGAGGCCAAGGAUGGUGGGGCCUCCGACCUGCUCCACCACCUACCACUACUACGACCCUCCAACACUGAGGCCAAACUACAGUACCUCUCCAUCAUCCCCAAGGUAUUGGCACAUGCUGUUACAUCAGCUGGGACACAGCCAGCUGCUUUGGAAAAUGCUCGACAACUCCUCAGUUACUCUCUCAUCCACCCGGCCAUCACUGCCGAGGAGCGGCGUGCACUCACACAUUGGUUACGAGCCCUCGAAGACAGACUGGCAGACCUCCGAAGAAGACCCCCAAACCAACAAAGAGAAGGUUUCACUAGCAGUAGCAGUGUGAGCUCAGGGAACAUCUUGGUUACUGGCAAGUCAAGGUGGAAUGAUCCACCUCUUGUGCCACCUCCAGAUACUGGCCAAGAUAGGACGCUGAGCUCUCCUUCACUGGCUGCUUGGGAUGAUGUAGGAUGGUGUAGUGGAGCAGCUGCAGUAGGUGGGGCUCCUGGUGAUGCCCCCCAGUCUCCUAACAACUCAGCCACAUCCUCACGCUCCUCUGGUUGUGAUUCCAACCCAGAAGAACCCUGCCAACCACACCCUGGCAUGAGAGAUGUUGGCGUGUGGCUUAAGUCUCUGCGUCUCCACAAAUACUCGCCAUUGCUCUGUAGUUUAACCUAUGAUGAGCUGCUGGCAUUAGAUGAAGCAACACUGGAAAGUCAGGGUGUUACCAAAGGAGCACGGCACAAAAUUGUCUUGUCUAUUAAUAAACUAAAGGAACGUCACAAGCAGUUAGUUCAGAUUGAAAAGGAAGUGAUGAACGGUGGUCACUUAUUAUCUUGCCUCAACGACCUCAAAUCAAUCAUCCUUACACCUUUCCCACCUUACAAUCCUCCAAGCGAUACCUCUCAACCCUCCCAACAACACUUAAAUCAGCCUCCUCUAACCUCUUCUACUCCUGACCCAACACCUCCAUCCUCCACAAUGUCUUCCUCCACUCCAAACUCCACCUUCUCUCCAGCUUUUUCCACUUCUUCUGCAACAACCACUACUGCUUCCUCUGCUUCUUCACUAUCAACUUCCACAUCCUCAUCUGCUUGUUCACUGAGAGGGGAAGAGAGAGAACUUAUGAAAGAAGACAGAGUUGAAAUACCAAGACCUACUUUAGAGGCAGACAGCGGCAACACCAUCUCUGAAAAUGAUCUCCCUUCUCAGUUUACACGGGUUAUGGGCAAAGUAUGCACGCAGUUGUUGGUCAGUGUAAGACCGGAGGACGAGUGUGUCACUGCUUUCUUAGGGUUAGUAGAGAAGUGUGUCAACCAUGAGGCAUUUACCCCAACUCAAGCACGGAGGCUGCAAUCUUGGAAGCAACAGAUUAUUCGAGUUUGGCAUCCACUUCCACCUAAAACUAAAGAUAGCCGCCAUAACAGAAGGUGGAGUCAGCAGUACAGUGGUGAUGGAUUCCUUAGUGGGUCCUUCAGGGUUCCUCGGGUCAGUGGACAGCGUCAUACUCACAUACCUGCAGGACUUCUUGUAGGGGGCAAGGGUUUCCCUGCACCUCAGCCACAUCCACUCUUCCCAUUACAACAUGCUGCAGCUGCUAGUCUGGGUGGGCUCAUGAGUCAGCGUAAUAGUUUACCCGGCCUGCCCUCACUUGGUGUAGGAGGGUUGUUAUCUCCACAACAGUUCCUUGCCAAACGACCCUCACUUCAAGAGACACCAUCCGAGUUGAGACCUCACAUCACUUUACAGCGAACGAGAUCAGCACCAUCCCGUCCCCACCAAUUGCCACUGACUGGUCAUGCUCGUCCUGUACCUGCUCCUUCCACCUCUUCAUCCCUUGCUCCAGGGAGCAAUGGCUGUGGGGAACUGCGGAUCUCAGGGGCUUCAGGAACGGUACUGGAACCUCACUUUUCUCCUGCAACAUCAUACUCUCACUUGGGAGCUCCUCCAUCAUCUCCUGAUCCAGCGGAUAAUGAUAUCACAGACCGCCUGGAAUCGCUCUGUAUCUCUGUCACUGAACAUGCUCUGGGAUGAAUUUACAUCUGCUAAUACCACUUACAGUAGUUCUCCAUCCACAAAAUACUGCCAAAGUAUCUAUAGUUAGAAUAUAUAUAUAUAUA